ACUUUCAUAUAAAAUCAGCCCUGGUAGAGUCAAAUGAAUUGGCCACGUCUCUAUCGUACUCGAGAUCCGGGAUUUAUUGGGUCCAACCUAGUAACAGAGUAACUCAUCUCUGCUAGUAACUCCGAAUUUCAGUGUCGACCGAGACGCUUUACAUUGCACUGUGAAGGGGCAGAUCCCGAUUACUGCGGUUGACAGUACGGCAAAGAUGGCUGACAUCAAAGAACCUCCGCCGCUUUUCGAUAACACGGAAUCUACAAAAAUCGACGUGGAUGACGACGAUGACGAUCUCUUCGCCUCCGCUAUUCAGGAGCCAAGUCAGACAAACGAAAACGCUCCCUAUAAUGGAUUGAGCACGAUUCAAACAGAUUUACCAAAACUUUCAUUACGGGAUGCAACGGAAAAUUCAUUCUCCAAUGUAUCUAGCCCAAUACCGGGACCACUGAGCCCUGCUUUAGGUUUAAUGGGAAGUGAAAUUGGGGAUUUGCAUGACGUUCCCAUAAAUGAUAAUUCCGAUGCUCCUUUGAUUGGUGCUCUACAGUCACAUUCCUUAAACGAGGUUCAAACAGACUCUUCCGAUCUGUUUCUUAAAAUUACAAUAACUUCCCCACAAAAGAUAGGGGAAGGCAUCGGAGCAUAUGUUUCAUAUAGAGUUGAAACGAAGACAAACAUGCCAAUAUUUAAAAAGAGAAAUUUCAGUGUUAUCAGACGCUUCAGUGAUUUCCUUGGCCUCCAUGACAAGCUAACGGACAAGUAUCUCAGAAAGGGCAGAAUUAUUCCUCCAGCACCAGAAAAAAGUGUUAUAGGGACAACUAAGAUUAAAAUGUCAGGAGAUAAAAGUCAAGAACAAAGUGCCAGUUCCACUGAGUUUAUUGAAAGACGCAGAGCAGCUUUGGAACGAUACUUGAACAGAACAGCCAUGCAUCCUGUUCUCAGCGUUGAUCCAGAUUUCAGAGAAUUCCUAGAAGCUGAUAUGGAGCUGCCCAAAGCUACGAAUACAUCUGCUUUAAGUGGUGCUGGAGUUAUGAGGUUGUUUAAUAAAGUCGGCGAAACAGUAAAUAAAAUCACAUAUAAGAUGGACGAAAGUGAUUCGUGGUUCGAGGAAAAAACAUCUCAAAUAGAUUCCCUCGAUACCCAGCUAAAAGCUCUACACUCUGCUGUUGAAACUCUGACUAAUCAAAGGAGAGAAUUGGCGAAUUGCACCGGUGCAACAGCAAGAUCCAUCGCGGUUCUUGGUCAUGGUGAACCAGGUGCUUCUCUCGGAAGAGCUUUGGCUCAGCUAGCCGAUACAUUGGAAAAAAUAGAAGUUGUACGAAAGGCUCAAGCAAAUAGCGAUCUUUAUCAAUUUGGAGAAAUGUUAAGGGAAUACGUAGCUCUUAUCGGAGCCAUCAAAGACGUGUUUCACGAACGCGUGAAGGUAUUCCAAAAUUGGCAGCACGCGCAAAUGAUGUUGAAUAAAAAGCGCGAGCAGAAAGCCAGAAUGGAACAAUCGGGGCGUACAGACAAGACAAGUCAGGCUGCGACGGAAGUCAUAGAGUGGGAAGCAAAAGUAGAAAGAGGCCAGGAAGAAUUCGAUAACGUUUCAAAAAUGAUUAAAAAGGAGGUCGAGGCCUUUGAGCUAGUCAGAGUAGAGGACUUUAAAAAGCAGCUAACCGAAUACUUGGAAGCAAUGCUGCAGCAUCAGAAUCAAUUGAUUAAGCACUGGGAAAGUUUCUUACCAGAGGCCCGUGCAGUUGCGUGAACUUCCCGCGGUUAAGUAAAAACGGUAACAUUUAAAAAAUAUAUGGCACAUGCUAACUCAGAUUAUAUUAAGGGCCCAGUAAAGCGAGGCAAAGUCUUGAACUACUUUUCAUCGAUGACUGAUUUGGCUUUACUGAAUCCUUAAAUUUCUGGAUGUGAUUAGGAGUGCACACAACAAUAUUGCGUAGCAGUUUCAGUAAGGAGAAACCGAAGACGACCUGCAACAUUAUACAACUCAACCUAAUUUGGGAUACCGUAUUCAUGUUAAACGGUUAGACGUACAAUGGAUAUACUAUAAACAUUUUUUACCCACUGUAACAAGAUGUUCAUACGAGUACAACCCAAUUGCCCCGUAUAAGCGGGAUAUAAGAUGCAACUGGGGAGAUGAUGUUUCACAAAUGCUUUGCCUAAAGCGAGGCACUUCUUUUUUACGUUUGUACAUCUCAUUAUUGGCAAUGUUAAGUUCAUCGGGUAGUUUCGAGCAUAAUAUGUUCAUAAGCAAUCUAUUAAAAUUCUUAGGUAACAAGUAAUAUAUGGAUAUAUAUGUGCAUGUUUAAUGUAUUCUGUUUCAUUUCAAAUAUGUAUACAUAUUGAUACUGUUUAUUAGGAAAUGUUAUGCGACAAUAAAAUUAAUUGAAGUUAUGUAAAA